AUUGUUUAUCAUAACUAUCAUCUGAUUGACUUCUGCUUUCCAAAAACUGUGUCAAAUAUUGAGAGAAAUAUGCGUUAGAAAAGAAAACACACCAUAAACAUACAACCCAACAUGUGACCCUGGACCACAAAACCAUAAGUCGCAUAGGCAUUGCUUGAUUUUUCAGAACAUUUUAACCAAAUGCUUUCAAAAAGUGGUGGGGACAAAAUCAGCCAUUUCAAAAAAUGGUGGGGACAUGUCCCCAGCAUCCCCAGUGUAAAUGACACCUAUGCCUUUAAGUUACAUUUGCAUCACAGCCUCGCCCUUAGUCAUAUAAAAGACACUGACAAGGGUUUGUCAUUUUCUUCACCUCCUGAGCCCUGACUGAUCAAGGAUGGAUCUGAACAUCUUCAUUGUUCUCAUCUGCACUCUUUUCGCUGAAGGACGCUCACUCAAAUGUUAUGAGUGUGCAGGUUUGAUGGGGUUUUGUGUAAGCAAAGAGAAGACAUGUCCCUCUAAUGAAACUUCAUGUGCAAGUGCAACAUUUGUUCAAUCCAUUGGCGAGACUAGGUUUACCAAACAGGCUAAGGCUUGUGACGUGAAACAGAACUGCGUAAAUGGAUCCAUUAACUUUGGCUUUGGAAGUACAGGUUUUUCCAUGCAGUGCUGUAACACAGAUCUCUGUAAUAGCAAAGAUGUCCCAGAUUACAACUCUUACAGCCCCAAUGGAAAACAAUGUUACUACUGCGAUGAUACGAGUUGCUUCAACAAAUUAAACUGUUUAGGAUCUGAAGACUCCUGCAUUACAGCAAAAGUAACAGCUUCUCAGACUUUAAAAGGAUGUAUCACUAAAACUAUCUGUGAUUCAGCAUCACAAGCGUCCCAAGGUUUUAAGGACUUCUCAUGCUGUCAGGGGAAUCUGUGUAACGGUGCUAAGAGCAUCACACAGAAUCUCCUCUUUCUCUUAUGGCCGUUUUUCUUCUACAUCCUGAUCCAUUAAAUUCAGCAGAACUUCACAGCAUAAAUGUGAGAUAUUGUGGCAGGAUUAGUAAAAUAAAGAAUAACUUUUAUGCAAUGUUUUAUUCAAUAUGCUGUAGCUUAAUUUUCUUUGUAUUUUUUGUAGUUAUAUUGUUAGAAAAAAUAUAUACUGGAAACAGAG